CAUAACGUCACCGCCAUGGUCGGCGCCGGCGUUCUUGGCCUCCCUUAUGCCAUGUCUGAGUUAGGAUGGGGUCCGGGGGUGGCGGCGCUGGCGAUAUCGUGGGUGAUGACGCUGUACACGCUGUGGCAGAUGGUGGAGAUGCACGAGCCGGAGCCUGGGAAGAGGCUGGACCGGUACCACGAGCUAGGGCAGUACGCGUUCGGGGAGAAGGUGGGGCUGUACGUGGUGGUGCCGCAGCAGCUGAUGGUGCAGAUCGGAGUGAACAUUGUGUACAUGGUCACCGGCGGCACCUCGCUCAAGAAGUUCCACGACACCAUUUGCCCUUCCUGCACGCCCAUCAGACGAACCUAUUUCAUUAUGAUCUUCGGUUCUGUUCACUUGGUCCUCUCUCAUCUCCCCAGUUUCAACUCCGUCACUGUGAUCUCUGUCGCCGCCGCCGUCAUGUCCUUCAGCUACUCCACCAUAGCAUGGGUGGCUUCAGCGAACAAGGGAGUGAUAGCAGACGUGCAAUACACCCCCAGGGCUUCAACCGACGUAGGAAGAGUGUUCCAAUUCUUCAGCGCCUUGGGAGACGUGGCGUUCGCCUACGCCGGCCACAACGUGGUGUUGGAGAUUCAGGCCACCAUCCCGUCCACGCCGGAGAAGCCGUCCAACAAACCCAUGAUGAAGGGAGUUUGGGUGGCCUACGCCGUCGUUUUUCUGUGCUACUUUCCGGUGGCCAUCAUCGGAUACUGGGUGUUUGGAAACUCGGUUGAGGAUAACAUCCUCGUUUCCCUCCAAAAACCCGCUUGCCUCAUAGCUGCUGCUAACAUGUUUGUUGUCAUCCACGUCAUUGGAAGCUACCAGGUUUUCGCAAUGCCCCUUUUUGACACCGUAGAAGGGUGGCUAGUAAAGUCUAGGAAUUUUAAGCCGACAUUACUACUCCGAAUUUGUAGUAGGACUAUUUACGUUGUAUUAACCUGUUUCCUGGGCUGCACAUUCCCUUUCUUUGGUGGUUUACUUGGUUUCUUUGGAGGCUUUGCCUUUGCUCCUACAACCUACUUCCUUCCUUGCAUCAUCUGGCUCAAGAUUAAGAAGCCCAAGGUCUUAAGCUUGACUUGGUUCAUAAAUGUGAUAUGCAUUGUAAUUGGGGUUGCUUUGAUGGUGUUAGCUCCGAUAGGUGCACUGAGGCAGAUAAUAUUGCAAGCCAAAGAUUACAAGUUCUAUUCAUGA